AUGUGGUCAGCUGAGAGUAGACCUAAAGCUGAAGACUACGAUCGGAUACCACUGAAAGCGAAAGAUUUCUUUCCAAGCAGGACAGCGCCGAUCGUGUAUUUUUCCAGAUUUUUUUCAGGCGAGGUAAUCAAUCAUAAAGUUGAGCAAACGAACUUAUAUGCAGCCCAGAAAAAGAGUAUGAAGUGGGAACCAGCGACGAGUGCUGAUAUAAAAGCCUUUAUUGGAAUGAUUAUAAUUACGGGCCUCCAUGUUUUACCCUCCAUCGAUUUAUACUGGUCUAGUGACCCGUUGUUUAGAGUAAAUGAGGUGGCAGAAAUAAUGACCUGUAAAAGGUUUAAAAAAAUAUUGGAAAACCUUCAUCUUAAUGAUAAUUCCCAAAUCCCUUCUAAAUCAAAUCCAGACUACGACAAACUAUAUAAAGUUCGCCCGUUACUGGAAAUGCUGAACACAGCUUGCAAAAAUGAAGCUAGAACAUCCACAUCACAAAGUAUCGACGAGGCAAUGAUUAGAUUCAAAGGAAUUUCGUCUUUGAAGCAGUAUAUGCCAGCAAAACCCAUAAAGAGAGGUUUUAAAGUUUGGGUUAGGGCAGAUAGCUCUACUGGAUACGUCUAUGAAUUUCAAAUUUAUACAGGCAAAAAUGACGACAGUACACCUGAGUUCGGUCUAGGAUCAAAUGUUGUAAAAUCUUUGUCAAAAAGCCUGAUAGAAGAAGAGGUCACUGUUCAUUUAGCAUUUGACAACUUCUUUGCUUCGUAUCCACUAAUGCAAUACCUUUAUGAAAAAGGAAUUUACUCCACAGCAACAGUAAAUUUGAACAGAGCGGAUUUACCAAAGUUUAUGAAACCCAUCAAAAAUGAUAAAAAGAAAGAAAAAGAACGGAAAGAGAAACUAAAACUUACAAGAGAACAAUAUAUAUAG